AGAGAGGGAGCGAGAGAGAGAGAGAGAGAGAGAGAGAGAGAGAGAGAGAGAGAGAGAGAGAGAGAGAGAGAGAGAGAGAGAGAGAGCAAGGGAGGGAGAAAUAUGAAACAACUCAUUUGCACAGGAGUAAAUCACGGAGAGCCGUUUGAGAGCGCGACAGGCUCCCGGUUUCAGCGCUAACAGGAACUGGGAUGCGCACGACUCCCUCCUCCUCCUCCACUUUUCUCUUCCCUCAGCUUUUUCUUCCUCGUUGGGAUUUUAUAGCGUCGUUGAGAUUGUUGUGCUGCUCGCUACUUGAGGCUGCUUCUACCAACACCUAACGCCGGUCUGUGAGAGGGACACCGGUCACCAGCGGCGACAGCAGACCCGCUAUUCUCUCCGGCAGCUGGGUCUGUGUGCGUGCGUUUGUGUAUAUGUGCGUGUGUGUGUGUGGGUGUGUGUUGUACUAGCGUUGUUUCAGAACGCGAGGUGAAAGCCGUGGAAAAACAACAAAACACAUACACACAGACACACGCGCGCGUGCGCACGCACGCACGCACACAUACACACAGACACACGCGCGCGUGCGCACGCACGCACACACACACACACACACACACACACCUGAGAGUCACCGUUCCGUUCCCGAGCCCCCUCUGACUCUGGCGAGCUGAAAUAAAAAUCCUGGCCGUAAAGAUGAGUUCAUAUUUUGUAAACUCGCUCUUCUCCAAAUACAAGAGUGGAGACUCGUUACGUUCCAACUACUAUGAGUGCGGCUUUGCGCAGGACCUGGCCGGCAGCCGGCCCACCGUAGUGUACGGGCCAGGCUCCGGGGCCACCUUCCAGCACGCUCCGCAGAUCCAGGACUUCUACCACCACAGCACCUCCUCACUGCCCAGCAACCCUUACCAGCAGAGCCCCUGCGCGGUCACAUGCCACGGCGAGCCCGGGAACUUUUACGGAUACGACGCCCUGCAGCGUCAGACGCUUUUUGGGGCCCAGGACACGGAUCUUGUCCAGUACAGUGACUGUAAGCUGGGAGGCGCAACGGGGCUCGGUGGCGAGGAUACGGACGGGACCGAGCAAAGCCCUUCACCGACGCAGCUGUUCCCCUGGAUGAGACCACAAGUAGCUGCGGGCCGGAGACGAGGCCGGCAGACCUACAGUCGCUACCAGACCCUUGAGCUGGAGAAGGAGUUUCUGUUCAACCCCUACCUGACCCGAAAGCGCCGCAUCGAGGUGUCGCACGCGCUGGCGCUUACGGAGCGCCAGGUGAAGAUCUGGUUCCAGAACCGGAGGAUGAAGUGGAAGAAGGAGAACAACAAGGACAAGUUUCCCAGCAGCAAAAGCGAGCAGGAGGCUGUGGAAAGGGAGAGAAGGGAGAAGGAGCUGCGGGAGGCCAGUGGAGGUAGCGGAGGAGGCGGAGAGGGAGGUGGAGGAGCGGGCGCGGUGAGCGCACAGGGCUCAGGGAGCGAAGACUGCUGCGAUAAAGCCCACAAGCAGAUGUAGGUGGGGAAGGCGGAUGUUGUGUCGGUGUAUUCUAAACGUUAGUGAUGGCGGGUGAGGCUAGCAGUCUUUCCCGGGCCCUCCGGCCUCCCGUGGCCCCCAGAGACUCAUCAGAUGGGUCUCCGUAUGAGCUGUGAGUUUGGGGGUGGGGUGGGGGGAGUCUGCCGACUGCGACAAACCCGUAGAAUACACAGAGCUGUGACGCAACAAGAACUAGAAGAACUAGGUUGAUUGGGGAUGCUCCCCCAACCCCUCCUGUACAACAAAAUAAAUGAAAAGUAACUAAAAAUAGAAGUGAUAGGUUCAUUUCUGUGUGGAACACGUAUUGUGGAACAUUUCUAUAUUGUUAGAAGUUUCUCAUUAACAGUUUCAUCUUGGCAGCUGUAGACUUUUUAAGUUAAAUAAUGAUGAUGGUGCACUUUUUACUGUAAUUCUCACUUCAAUGUUCUUCUUGUUGUUAUGAUUAAUGAUGAUGAUGAUGAUGUAGCGAUUUAUGACAUUUCCAACAACAUGAAACUGCCUAUUUAUGUCGUUUUAGUAGGUUCUCUCUCUCUCCACACACGCACGCGCACACACACACACACACACACACACACACACACACACACACACACACACACACACACACACACACACACACACACACACACACACAGUUGUUCUAGUUGUGUUUUGACCUCUUUGUUGACGAUGUUGGUUUUAUCUUGUAUUCCUAUAUAUUUUAAAAAGGGUUAGGACGCAUGUGCACUGUGCAGAUUUAAAAAAAGAACAUUCAUAAUAAUAAAAAUAUCAAUAAAAACAUCAUUUUGAAUAUGAAGCUUAAUGGCUCUAGUUUAAAUCUGAUGAAUGAGUGAAUAAAAGUGAAUGUAAUUCUCA